CACAUUGGCUAUACGUUCCUAUUCAGAGCCGCUACUUACGUUUUCUGCUCUGUAGCGGGCUGGUCCAGGUUUCAAUGUAGUGUCUCCCGGAAUGGUAUUGCGUUCUACUAUGGUGUAUUUGGGUGCUCUGUUUUUGAACACAUCAGUAUCUACGUGUUUGUAAGCACACGGCCCUGGAGUCUGCAAUUAAAGGGGAAUCAGCUCUGGAAUCAAAUCUAUUGACGUACCAAAUAUUUGAAUCUAUUCCUGGAGAACACAGAUGUUGAAGAAGAACAUCUCGACAAGAUCAAUGGAUACCCCUGCAACUUCAUCCACAGAUGCCUAGCCAACAGACCCAAAGGAAAUGUAUACCAGCCAAGUGCCACUGAAUACCACGGAAAUUAUUAAGAAGAAGCGGGAUAAACAGACUUUGACCAAAGAAGAAAUCCACUACUUUGUGAAAGGUGUAACAGAGGAAAGCAUCCAAGACUGCCAGAUAGGUGCUAUGCUGAUGGCCAUUUGUCUACAAGAAAUGACAAAGGAGGAAGCAGUGAAUCUGACCCAGGAGAUGAAAGUGUCUGGUGUCACCCUGCAAUGGCCGAAGGAGUGGUCCAGGUUGGUAGUUGACAAGCAUUCGACAGGAGGAGUCGGGGACAAGGUCAGCCUUGUUCUUGCACCAGCACUGGCCGCAUGCGGUUGCAAGGUUCCAAUGAUCAGUGGGCGGGGCUUAGGGCACACUGGAGGCACACUGGAUAAACUGGAAUCUAUCCCAGGAUUCAACAUUAAGAAGACUCCGGAAGAGAUGAAGACUAUCAUGUCAGAGGUUGGUUGUUGUAUUGUCGGGCAGACAGCUGAGCUGGUGCCAGCUGAUAAGAAGCUUUAUGCCAUCAGGAAUGUGACAUCGACAGUGGACAGUGUGCCUCUCAUUGCAGCCUCUAUCAUAUCAAAGAAAGCAGUGGAGUCCCUUCACUGUCUGAUUCUGGAUGUGAAGCAUGGAGAAGGAGCUUUGUUCAAGGAGAUCGAUAGAGCAAGAAAGCUGGCAGAAUACCUGGUAGAUGUUGGAAAUCGCUUGGGAAUUCGAACAGUUGCUGUUCUCUCCAAAAUGGAUAAUCCCAUCGGGAGGUGUAUUGGGAACUCAUUGGAAGUCAUUGAAUCUAUUAAAUGCCUGAAGGGGAAUGGACCCAAGGACUUGGAGGAACUGGUCACUUACUUAGGAAGCCACCUGCUGUAUCUGUGUGGAAAAGCUGAGAGCUCCGAGGUCGGAGAAGAGGCCAUCAAGGAUGUGUUGAAGAAUGGCACUGCCCUGGGCAAGUUCCAAGCCAUGCUAGUGGCCCAGGGAGUGACGACUGACUUGGCCAGGGCCCUGUGUCAGGGGAAAGAGAUCCUUAAACGUGCCAGGAAACAGGAAGAACUGAAGGCCGAGGCCGAAGGGAUAAUUCAGGCAAUCCACUCUUUGCCAUUAGCCAAGGUACUGCAGGAACUAGGAGCAGGACGCAAUCAACCUGAAGAGCCAAUCAACCACAGUGUUGGCAUAGAACUUCUGAAAACUGUGGGUGACAAGAUCAACAAAGGCGAUUCCUGGAUUAGGGUCCAUUUGGAAGAUAGUUCCCUCAGCGAAGCACAGAAGAUUCGUCUCCAGAAAUCACUGGUCAUCGGAAAAAUGUUUAAAGGUGUUUCCUUGGUUACGGACAUCAUUGAAGCAUAGUUGCAGGAACAAAAAAAACAUGAAUGCACAGUUUAAAAGACAAACAAGGGUCCCCCGCAGUUGGCUACUCCAGCUCCUCCUGUGCGGCCUGUCCAGAACGCUUUGGCUCAUCCACCAUCACUGAUUAGUGGUCACUCGCUGAUUAGUGAGCUGACCUGGAAUGCUGCAGACAUAAAAGCACUGAUGCGACAUAAUAUAUCCAUGAAUCUCUGUGUACCAACAUUUCUUACAAGUUACCAUGGCUCCUUACUGUCAGCUGACUGCAUCUUGCUUAGUGUUGGACAAUAAAUGUGUGAAAUACCAA